AUGACGUCUUUGAAAUAUCUCCUCCUCUUUUCCUUGCUCCAGAUUGUGUCGGCCGCCACGACAAAGGAGUCUACACCUAAAAUUACCUGGGGAAAAUGUCCCUCUACCAUUCCACCGGGUGUUGAUUGCGGAACUAUUUAUGUCCCGCUCGCGUACCAAAGCGGUAGUUCAACUUCCGCCAAAGGAGACGACACCGUCAAGCUGGUGUUCACUCGAUUGAACCACACUGGCAAAGGCGAGAAGCAAGGUGCUAUCUUCUUCAACACCGGUGGACCUGGUGCAUCUAACGCAUUAACUGUUGCUGGAAGUCCAUUUGUCUCUGCAAUUCGAUUCUCAUCUCAGCUCACAGACACAUAUGAUAUCAUUGGCCUUGACCCCCGCGGAGUAGGCGUCAGCACUCCCGUCCAAUGCGAUCCCAAGGUCUUCAACCAGCGUGUCAAGACAUUCGUCACCACUGAUGAAGAGUACGACACCCUGUUCAACUACAGUCGUAAACUCGGUGAGAGUUGCGCCAAGCUCACCGGUCCUUUGAUCAACCACCUGGACUCUGUCCACGUUGCAAAAGACCAUGAAAUCGUCCGCAAAGCUCUCGGGGAAUCAAAGUUCAACUACCUUGGUCUUUCAUAUGGCACCCUACUUGGAGCCACUUAUGCCUCGCUGUUCCCCAAAUCAGUAGGCCGCAUGGCUCUCGAUGCGAACGUGGAUCACUCCCAAUCCGAGAUAGCAAGUCUUCUGGCAGAAGCAACAGCUUACGAAACGACUCUUGACAAAUUCUUCCAAUGGUGUGACAACACUAAAUCCUGCGCUCUUCACGGCAAGAAUUCCAGCCGCGUAUGGGACCAAACGCUUGCCCGCGCAGAUUCCAAAGCCAUUCCAGCACCCAGCUGUAACAAGACCUGUCGAUCGGAUGUCACUGGAGAAGAAAUCCGCUACAACGCUCAAACAUUCUUGACAUUUGUCGACCUCGACUUUGGGCCGAAUUGGUUCGAUCUCGCAGAUGCGAUUCUCCAAGCCAGCAAGGGCAAUGCAACUGCUUUGUCCACGUCAACACCCUCUGGAAAGAUUGUUGAGGACCCUAGCGGAUCUCCCUAUAACUACCUGGCCAUCGGCUGUUCAGAGUGGCUGCAUAACUCGAAAACAUCAGUAGACCUGCGUCAAAAACUCAUCAACGCUUUAGCGUUCGCACCAAGAACACGUGGUGCCACACAGACGUAUUACUACGAAAGUACGUGCAUCGGCUGGCCUGCAUCGUUGACGAAUCCCCAAGGACCUCUGGCCAGUGGUAUUAAAGAUGCACCUACGAUUCUCCUUGCAGGUUCGGUGUAUGAUCCUGAGACCAGUCUUACUUGGGCUGAGGGAGUCAGAGAGCAGUUGCCACGGCGGGUGAGCAUUACCAGGAAUGGACCUGGACACACGAGUCACUAUCUUCAGGGUGAUACUAGUAAGGUUAUAGAUAAUUAUUUGGCUACUGGGAAGUUGCCCAGGGACGGUACCAUCUACAAGACCUAG